CCAGGAACUUCGUUUCAUUUUCUCAUUUUAUUUUGCCUGUCAUCUCGCUAUAACGGUCUCCUUUGAUUUCUCUUUUUCUGUUUGAUUUCGAGUGGCUUCGAUGCAAACUUAUACCCUUUUUUUUUUUUUUCUUUUCUCUAUUUGCGCGCCUGUAAGAAAAUGUUCCUUCAACAUGGUGACGUUUGCCGGUCCCAUUGUUGUCUUUUUCUUUUCAUCUUUUAUCUCAGCUUACCUUACCAUCUCCAAGGUUAUGCCCUACUCGUGUUUUUCCUCCUCUCAUGCACGCCGCUUCAUGCUUUGCAUAUAUUACUUUUGCCGGUAUCAUGCCUGCAGUCUCAGACUAUCACUACGGUCUACUAUUCUUCUUCACGUUUCUUUCUGCUUCACUGCGUUAAAUACUCUUUGGAUUUUCGGUUAUUACUUUGCUAUGCCAGUGAUUGUUCUUCUGGUGUAUGGUGUUUGGCGCACGGAGACAUCUGGCGGGGUCUUUCCGCAUAAACACUGCGGCUUGGGACGAAAGACAAAUACACUACUACUACUUACUACACAUACAUUCAUCAUAUACGGGCGAGUUGAAAGGCGAACCGAACAUUUGACAAAGGGGCCAGUCUCCUUUUUAGACUCCUGUGGCGAGUUUCCAUUCAUGCAUUUGACAUUGACUUUCUUCGGGUUGACUCUUCAUUUGCUUUUUCUUUUUCCUUUUCCUUUCUUCUCGUUACUCUGUUUCCCUUGCCCUCUUUCAUUCCUAUUUGUAUUGUAUUUAAUUCUUUAUUUCAUUGCACGGACGAAGGGGUCUGGGUGCUCCGAAUCGGUCUUGUUUUUUUCUUUUCUCUUUCUUGUUUUGGCGUGUACGAAUCGUUGUCACUCAGCGAACGGAUUACUGAAAAUGCAAGAUUACGUUCAGUCAGUCUUGAAUAUGGAAAUGUAGUUAACGUUGUAUUAAGACUAGAUAUAUGAUAUGGAAGAGGGGCUGGCAAUCUAUUUAGCAAGCAAUGCAUACUUAAGCAAACCGUCCGUAUUUGUAUUAAGAACUAGUAUUAUCCAUAGUCCU